AUGGCCGCACCCCACGCCUUUAUGGAUUCCUUCCCGCUUGAUAGGCGCGAGGCGCGCCGGGCAGUCGACGCCACGCCUCCUUUUCCAUCUCUACAUUGGCCCCCAAUCGGCCUCACAUGGACGCUCCACAACCUGGGAGACAUGUGGCGCUUUAUCCUUCUGUGGACCAUGAUAAUUUAUGCCCUCUUCCAUCUCGGGGCUGCCGGUAUUGCCCUCGCCAUGCAGGUGGGCAAAAGGAGGUCGAACUGGAAGUUUCUCUGGAUGGUCCCAAUCUUCUACCUUGUCGUGGCAGGCCUUGAGGCUCUUUUCGCCGGCAGUAUCGUGGGGCUUAUCGUUGGCGCCAUCUACCUCUCCGGACACUAUCCCAUGUCGACUUGGAUACCCUUUUUCUGGGGUUGGAUCAACGUGUUGGUCUUGAUAAUAUCAUCAUUCACGAUCCAGGGCGGUCUAUAA